AUGUCGCAACCGGAUGGAGAUGAUACCACGCCCCUACUAUCACAUAAUGAUGCACCAGAAAAUCCUUUAUUAGCCACAUCCAGCUCAUCGAGUUCUAAACUUAAUACAACUACUACAGAUGUAGUACAGUCAAAAAAGAAACAAGGUGUCCUUACUACUCCGAAUGUCCCAUUGAACUCAAAUGCUACUAAAGCACACUCAAAAAUUGCCAAAUCAAACAAAAUCGGAUUGCAAAGAACAAGUAGAACGUCGCAGAAACUCAAGCUAUUACCUGAAGAUCCUGAUUUAGAUAGUAUAACUAAAGGACAAGUCACAUCUGGUGAUGAUGACGAUGAAGAUGACGAUGAAGAAGGAGAUGAUAUCUUUGCAACCAGACCCACAAGAGUUUACUCUCAAGUUAAACGAAUCACCAAUACAUUUGCUCGUAAGGAUGCUGAGACUUUGGGGAAACUGCAUAGAGACUUAUUACCCAGAGUUACGGCAUAUUGUACUUGUGCAUCUUAUAGAAUGAAGGAUUUGCUUAGAUGGUUGAAAGAUAGGAAAAGGAUUCACAACACUAGUCCCAAAUUGUUUGAUGAAUGUUUGUACACUCCAUUUACAUAUAAAGAUUGGAGGAAUGAUAAUAAUAAUAAUAAUAAUAAUAAUAACAAUAAUAACGACGAAGAUAGCAAUGGACACAAGUUGAUUAGAUUGGCUGAUGAAGGAGGUGAAAUUGAUAUGGGUAAAAGAUCAGACUUGUUUGUGUUUGAAUAUGGAGUUGUGAUCAUGUGGGGAUUUACUCAAAAGGAAGAAGCAGCAUUUUUGGAAGAUUUAGCUAAAUUUGAAAGUGAAAAAUUAUCAGCUGAAGAUAUCCAAGUGGAAGAAUUUAAUUACUACAUCACCAAAUCAUAUCAACCACGAAUUUAUAACGAUUUCAUCACCUUAAAAGAUGAUGAUAAUUAUAUGUUAAAGCUAUCUAUAUCCCAUGCCCUAGCACAAUCAGUUAAAAUAUCCUUAUUUGAAGAAUUGGUGGAUAAUACAAUUGAAGAUACCCAGGAUAUUCCUCAACAAAUUGCUCAUACCGGUAAAGUUGAAAUGUCAAGGGAUGAGAUUAUGAAAUCAAUUGGAGAAUUAUUCAUUUUGCGAAUCAAUAUCAAUUUACAUGGAUCAGUAUUGGAUUCUCCAGAACUUAUGUGGGCUGAACCUCAUUUAGAACCUAUAUAUCAAGCAACUAGAGGAUACCUUGAAAUUAAUCAACGAGUUGAAUUGUUAAAUCAAAGAUUGGAAGUUAUUUCAGAUUUGUUGCAGUUGUUGAAGGAACAAUUGGGUCAUUCACAUGAAGAAAAUUUGGAAUUUAUAGUUGUUGUUCUUGUUGGUGUCGAAGUUUUGGUUAGCAUUAUCAAUAUUAUUAUUGAUAUUUUAACUUACAAGUAG